AUGGGGAGUCAUGGCGGACGUAUACGAAAUUACCAAUCUGACGCGUUAUUGACCCAUUCAAUUGUAUUUGCAUACAAUACGGGCAAACAUGCCACGACCGAAUUUUCCCCAUAUCAAUUACAAUUUGGCCGUCAUCCAAAUCUUCCACCUGAUCCACCUAUUGCUACAUAUGAAUUCUCAAAACCAAAUGAUUAUUUUCAAUUUUUUAGACGAACAUUGCCAUUGUAUCAUCGUCGUGCAAAUCCUCAAUUUACCGUUGGUGAUCGCGUGCUUAAACGAGUAUCCACUUCAAAAACGAAAUUCUUAUCACUUUACUCCGAUCUAAUGAUUAUUAUUAAAGCUCAACACCCUACAUAUUGA